AUGGAAUGCUCUGCGCAAAACGAGUCCUUGUCCACUUCUCCGCCGAUUUUAGACAAUGCAUAUUACUUCAUCGAGGCAACGAGGUCGCUUCUUGACGAAGGUGAUGUCACCGCUCUCGAUACUCUCGCCAGCCGGCUCAGUCCGUUCAGAAUUCAAUACCGGUCAGUAGUCGAAGGAGAUAUCAUCUCGGUCAAACCAGUACUGGUCCUUGAGCAUGAGCAAUCCCCAAUGCAGAUGGAAAUCGACCGAAUCGACCGGCUUUGA